UGAUCCCAAAGACAACUCUCAGAUACCGAAACCUCAUUUUUGCUCUCUCUCAGAUUAACCAAAAUCAGAUACUAUGGGUCAAGGAACUCCCGGUGGUCUCAACCGUCAAGGUUUACCCGGCGAUCGGAAACCAGACGGCGGCGACAAGAAGGAGAAGAAGUUUGAGCCUGCGGCGCCGCCGGCUCGAGUUGGUCGCAAGCAGCGGAAGCAAAAGGGUCCCGAAGCUGCGGCUCGGCUCCCGACUGUUACCCCUUUAACUAAGUGCAAGCUGAGGCUGUUAAAGCUUGAGCGAAUCAAGGAUUAUCUGCUUAUGGAGGAAGAGUUCGUCACUAAUCAGGAGCGACUCAAGCCCCAGGAGGAGAAAGCCGAAGAGGAUAGAUCCAAGGUUGACGAUCUCAGAGGGUCACCUAUGAGCGUCGGUAAUCUGGAGGAGCUCAUCGAUGAGAGCCAUGCCAUCGUUUCUUCCUCUGUUGGGCCCGAGUAUUAUGUGGGUAUUUUGUCUUUUGUCGAUAAGGACCAAUUGGAGCCUGGCUGCGCAAUUUUGAUGCACAAUAAGGUUCUUUCAGUUGUUGGGCUUCUUCAAGAUGAAGUUGAUCCCAUGGUGUCUGUGAUGAAAGUCGAGAAGGCUCCAUUGGAAUCAUACGCAGACAUUGGUGGUUUAGAUGCCCAGAUACAGGAGAUAAAAGAAGCUGUUGAGCUCCCCCUUACUCAUCCUGAAUUAUACGAAGACAUCGGUAUCAAACCUCCCAAGGGUGUUAUAUUGUAUGGAGAACCAGGAACUGGCAAGACUUUACUUGCAAAGGCAGUUGCUAAUUCAACAUCAGCCACUUUCUUGCGCGUUGUUGGUAGUGAAUUAAUUCAAAAGUACUUGGGAGAUGGUCCAAAACUAGUGAGGGAGCUAUUUAGGGUUGCAGAUGAUCUCUCUCCUUCAAUUGUCUUCAUUGAUGAGAUUGACGCAGUCGGUACAAAGAGGUAUGAUGCUCAUUCUGGCGGUGAACGUGAAAUUCAGAGAACUAUGUUGGAGCUGCUGAACCAGUUAGAUGGUUUCGAUUCAAGAGGAGAUGUUAAAGUGAUUCUUGCAACAAAUAGGAUUGAAAGUCUUGAUCCAGCUUUACUUCGGCCUGGUCGAAUAGAUAGGAAAAUUGAAUUUCCUCUCCCAGAUAUUAAAACAAGAAGGCGCAUUUUCCAGAUUCACACAUCGAGGAUGACAUUGGCUGAUGACGUCAACUUAGAAGAAUUUGUCAUGACUAAAGAUGAGUUUUCCGGAGCAGAUAUUAAGGCUAUUUGCACUGAAGCUGGUUUGCUUGCCUUGAGGGAACGUCGAAUGAAGGUGACACACGCAGAUUUUAAGAAGGCGAAAGAGAAGGUUAUGUUCAAGAAGAAGGAAGGAGUACCAGAAGGACUUUAUAUGUGAUAAGAUUGUCUCAUGUUGUUGGAGAAAUAUGUUCUUUGCUUUGUCUCCUGAUAACAACAAUUUAUUUCAAAUUCGGUGGCAUUUUCCAAUUUUUUUUUUCAAUUUGGGUAUUACAGAAAGAUUGCGUAUCAUCUUUUGGUGAAAUAUGAAGGCUCCCAAUGUAGACUCUUCUCUUCCAUUAUACGAUAGCUUUCUCCCAUUUAACUAAA